AGCGUAUGUACUUUUACACAUAAUAUAUGCACCUUAAUAAACGAAGGAUAAAUAUUUAUGGUGAAGUAUCAUUCUGCGACAAACCGGGGUACAUAUUCACAUACAACAAUAAUAUAAAGUACAUAUGUACUGGAUUUUCAAUAUUUUGCAAAGGAACAAUCAGACACGCUUUGUCAUAUCUAUUAUCUCUACUGACAUUAUAUACAAGACAAAGACUGGCCGAGAUCCUUGUGGAUACUGCAGGUGGACAGUAUGUCACAGCACUCCGAAUCACAACCACAGUCUAUGAAGAAUUCUCCUCGGCCGCCACUGACAAUAACACCUAAGAAUGUAACACAGAUACUCGGUUGGAAGAGCAGUGAAGCGUAGUCCACCCUCGACGUCCGGCUUAUAUGUCGUACCGACAAGAUCGCUGUGAGGUGAAAAUCGAAUCAGAACGACAACUGACAAUCUGUUCCUUGUAUUGCGACUGAUUUUGUCGAAGGUGCCGAAGAAGAAGAAACAUGGUAAUUCCAAGGAAGUACGCGAUGCUUUGCGCGUUAGCGGGCAUACGGGAGGAAACGUAUCACCAAAUCGUAAACCAAAAAAGAAGAGGAAAAUAAUAAGGGUGGAGCGACAAUUGCCCAGUAAGGUUGAAGCUGUGGAUGUCAAUUCUAUUCCCUAUAAGCGCUUGUGCGUGUUGGAGCGAAGACUCGAUGCAAUGAUCAUGCGCAAACGGUUCGAGCUACAGGAUCACCUGCGACGUCCCCAUCGAGCAACGAAGACACUGCGAAUAUUCGUGUCCGCUAAAGCGGAAGAGGAUGCUUGGACAUUACGAGUUGAGGGGAAAGUAUUGGAUGAUAUAGCAAUUAAGGAGAGACGCCGCAAGUUUUCGAGUUUCUUCUCUAAGAUCGUAAUCGAACUGAAUAAGGACGAGUACAAAGACAAGCAUCUAGUGGAGUGGCAUCGCCCAGCGGAUUUGGCAGAUCUGGACGGAAUAGAAGUAAAAAGAAAAGGAACAAUCAACACAACAGCCAAGCUCAUUCUAGAACGAGACAACCAACCCCCAGUUUACAAACUGGAUGCGAGGCUUGCGAAGCUGUUGGGAAUUGAGAGGGGUACAAGCUCGUUUAUUAUCACUGCCCUAUGGCAGUAUAUACAGAAGAAUAAACUCCAAGAUAAAACAAGGAUAAUCAACGACAUAUAUCUACAACAGAUUUUCGGCCGUAUUGAGAUGGACUUUACGUCGCUCGCAGCGGAAUUGCGACCGUUUUUAUUACCUUUGGAUGUAAUUGCCCUGGAAUACGAAAUCAGGCCUGGGGACGGCGAAGGCAAGGAUCUAGUCGUGGAUAUUGAGGUGCAGGGUGGAGACAACAUACAGCGCACGGAAGCACAUAAUUUUUUGCUGAAUACGGUCGAUGGCGAACUUAAUCAAAUUAAUCAAUUCGACCAUCAGAUUAAGACAAAGAUCGCAAAACUGCAAGAGGCAAUGAAAAAACGAAAUUUCAUGAAACGAUUCGCUGCGGAUCCGGUGGCCUUCUCACAGAGCUGGGUCGAAUCACAAUAUAGAGACUAUAAGACAGCCCACAAUUUGCGCGGCAAUGCGGAGGAAGAGAGAUCGGCGGUCUUCUACCACAAACCCUGGGCAGAAGAAGCCACCUGGAAGUAUCUCACGGAGAAGAGUGUGGGCAAACGAGAACAACUGGAAGAACAAGUGCAAAUGCUAAAGAAUAACUAGGAUGGGUGGCGUCGCGUAACUGAUAUAUUUCAAUAUAUCAUUAUAUUAUUAUAUCAAUAUAUAUAUAUGUGUAUAUAUAUAUACAUGUAUAUAUACAUAUACAUAUAUAUAUAUAUAUACAUAUACACAUAUAUAUGUAUGUGUACACACACACACGCACACACAUAUUGCUGCUGGCUACAUACAAGAAGUACCUUUCCAUGUCAAUGAGAUAAAUACAAACGACUAUCGCAAAUCACGGUGGCACAGGCGGACCCCUCCUGCAGUUGCUUGAUUGUAAAAAGCAAUCUUCAAAAUCAUUACUUGACCACGUUCUCUACUAUAUAACAUGUCACUCAACUUGUACUUGCGACGAUCUUAUGUUACAUCGGCGAGUUCUGCUUUGUCAACGAACUUUGAAGUGUAAAACUCUGCAUUCUCAUUUUGAAUUCGUCCAGAAUCACUUCAGUGGUAAGACAAGAAUCCAUAGAAUCAUUUCAACUGGACAUAUCAUGGUUGAUCUCAGAAGGUCCAAGUACUUGAUUGUAUGCUCCUUCGCCAAGAACACGACCAUAGACUACCUACGCUAUUCGAUCACAGAAAUUAAGUCUGCAAAACACCCUACAGCGGACAAGUGCAUACUACCAGUGUGAUACAAGACUUAAAUUGCGAAAUAAAUAAAUCAUGGA